UCCAGUACACUUUUGAAGAUCUGGUAACUUUAAGCGACGCCAUUUCAAAACAAAUGCGCGGCAACGAAUUUUAUUUCUCCCUGAAAAAUUGAUCGUGAAAGAACACAGAUUAUUACAUUAAAAUGGGAGCAAAGGCAACGAAAAUGGAGGGUGAAUAUUUGCCGGACACGCCGACUCUAAACAAAAUGCGCAUGGUUAGUGAAAAACAGGAAAGAGUCGAAAUGACGACGCCGACAAGAGAGCAAAACAACGCUUUGCUCGAUCCGCGAUCACCAAAUGGCUGUCGUACACCUUUAAAUUUUUUGCAGCAAGGAACACAGGUGCAAAGGAAACAGGAAGAGGAGCAGCAGGUGGCAACCAAUGAAAAUGCGUUUGCAGUGUUUCGCAAGCGUUUGCUCAAGGGUUUUUCCCUCAACGAUCCCCGUUCUCCGCAACUCAAUCGUACUCCUUUGGUACUCGACGAGGUGCGUUCCCUUAAUCUAGACGACACCUUCGCCGAUCUGUUCGUGGACACGAGAGCGGGCUCAGCGCCAGCAGCAGUGCCUGCUACUCCAUUUCAGGCAGAUUUGGAGGAGAGCUGCGAUAGCUUUGGCACUCCACCUUCUGUUCUUCAUAACAAUAGUUCCCUGGAGAUUGUUUCUUUGCCCUACGACCAGGAGGAGACCAUGCCUUGCGAAGAUCUGCUGCUGCAGAAUCAGCAGGAACUAAAGGUGGAAACUCCACCUCCUGCAAAGCAGCCACUUCACAAUGAUCCCCGUUCGCCAAGUCUGGGUGUCGAUCGUACACCUAUUAUCUUUUGUGACGACGAGGAGGAAGAGGCUCGCGAGGCACAGAUGUUGGAACACAUCCUGGAGACCCUUACUUUGAAUCUUAGCACCAACAGUAGCAUGACUUCUUUUGCAGCUGGUGAGGAGCAGCCAUCAACCAUGCCAGAGAACAAACAUUUAGAGCGCGUUCGUUUGGGUCACAAGCGAAGGGGUGUUCCACCGCGCAAGCCAGCCAGGGCCAACAAGCCAAAGAUUUACGUUGACCAGGAGGAGAAGUCGCCGGUUGUAGGAGCCGCCAUCACACCCAAAUCGAAUAGCACUCCUCUGUCCGCUCAGAAACGCACACCACUUAGUUGUGUCAAGAACAAGCCGCAUUUGCGUUCGCGUUCCGUUGAAAAGGAACUAAGAAAGACACAGAUUUCUCAAGCCCAAAACUUCAACGAUCAGCUGCGGUUAAUUUCCGGCGGCGAGGGUCCGAAUGGACCUAUUUACUAACUCAGUUUAGUAGCAACAAUUGCCUUUUACCCACCUAUAAACCACCAAAACAUUUUGCAUUUUCACAAACACAUACUUUUAUCAUACGUUUUUAAUAAAAUAUUUUAUUAGUUUGCUUGAAA